AUGUCUGCUUCACAAUCGGAAUCCCCCGUUGAUCUUAAAGAUCCAAAAUUUGAGCAGUACGAUUGUCUGCCCUGCCGCCUCAUAGGUGCUGCAGCAUUCACAGGGCUUGGUGCUUACGCCUACUGGCAGUCUAACAUUCCCAGAGGUACCCCAUUUUACCGUACAAAACGACUGGGAAUAUUGUCAUUAGCUACAGGAUUCAUGAGCGCUGGAUUUUAUCGCCUUAUAAAUUGA